GAAUAGUAUACUUUAGCGAUUAUUAUUUUCAAAAAACGUUACAUCGUUCAUAUCAGUAUAUGGUGGUUUGCGUGAUACUGUUUAUUAUUCUACAUACAAUUUUUAAAUUUAAUGUUCAGUGAGUGUUUAGUUUUAGUAGUGAAUAAAUGUUUAAGUGCAUGUUUAAGUUGAUCGCUAUGUUCUUUUUCAAGGCUAAAAAUGCAUUUCUGUUUUAAUCAUGGUUUCCUUAUUUUCAAGAAGAAUCAUCAAAAGGGAUGCUCCUUCUCCCGAAUCACCGCAAGAACUGGCUACAGUCGUGGAAGCUAACAAUCCCAUAACUAAUAAUCCAACAAUAUCCUCAACAGAAGGACCUUCAGACACUACUAAUCCAAUAGAGACAACAGGUGGGGAUCUUUUGGAAAAACACAUUUUUGGUAACAAAAAAUUUCAUCCAUCUCAUGGUCGUACGACCCCACAUCCAGAAGCAGUCAAACCCAGUAAUGAUACUAUUAUCCAAAACAUUGUUCAUUUGGCCAACAAAGAAGGAAUUGAUACAUGGGUAUUAGUAACAAUCCUUAUUGCUGUAUCUAUUAUAAUCCUGGGAAUAUGCUUUUGUUGUAUAAGAAGAUGUUUCCGAAAACGAAGGGCAAAGGAUGGGAAAAAGGGUAUGAAAGGGGUGGACUUGAAAUCCGUCCAGCUUCUAGGGUCAUCUUACAAAGAAAAAGUACAACCGGAUAUGGAUGAACUAACGGAAAAUGCAGAAGAGCCUGAUGAGAGUGAAAAACCUGAAGUUCAAAAAUUAGGAAAGCUACAAUACAAAUUGGAGUAUGAUUUCAAUCAAAAUAGCUUCUCUGUGACAGUUAUCCAAGCCGAAGAGCUUCCUGCUCUAGAUAUGGGUGGCACAUCUGAUCCAUACGUAAAAGUAUAUCUCCUUCCUGAUAAGAAGAAAAAAUUUGAGACGAAGGUCCACAGAAAAACGUUAAAUCCCGUCUUCAACGAAACGUUUGUGUUUAAGAGUUUGCCGUACUCGGAAGCUAUGAACAAAACCUUAGUCUUCGCCAUAUUUGAUUUCGACCGAUUUUCCAAACACGACCAGAUUGGAGAAGUGAAAGUUCCACUCUGCACUGUUGACUUGGCUCAAACUAUCGAAGAAUGGCGAGAAUUACAGAGCGUCGAAGGCGAAGGUGGUCAGGAAAAUAAGUUGGGAGAUAUAUGUUUCUCUUUACGGUAUGUUCCCACUGCUGGAAAACUGACUGUCGUAAUUCUGGAAGCUAAGAAUUUGAAAAAAAUGGAUGUUGGUGGAUUAUCAGAUCCCUAUGUAAAGAUAGCCUUGAUGCAAAACGGAAAGCGAUUGAAGAAGAAGAAAACUAGUAUUAAAAAAUGUACUCUCAAUCCAUAUUAUAAUGAAUCAUUCACAUUUGAAGUACCGUUCGAACAAAUACAGAAAGUUAAUCUACAGAUAACAGUAGUAGACUAUGACCGAAUCGGUACUUCGGAACCCAUUGGAAAAGUUGUACUAGGUUAUAAUGCAAGCGGUACUGAACUUCGCCAUUGGUCAGAUAUGCUUGCAUCUCCACGUAGGCCGAUUGCGCAAUGGCAUACACUUAAAGACCCUGAAGAUGAAAAGAAAGACUAAGAUGAACAUGUCGCCUAACAACGCUAAUGAAUAUAAAUAUUAAAGUAUACUCGUUGUUGUAUUGAAGUCUAUCCUUGGAAUUGUGAGAAAAUUACCAUCAAUGUUAUGCAUUUUCAUUAAUUUAAGAAUCAUUCAAUUCAUAGUUUAAAGCUUCUCUAUUAGUCUCGAAUGUAUGAAUUAAAUAUUCCUCAUUUACAAUUCUGCAGACUAAAAAUAAAUCGAUUGUUAUACCUCCUCAGAAUAAUUAAAAAUUUCUUUGGAAUUUAAACACAGAAGGAUGCUUCAUAUCACUAUCCAUGAUAGUAAUAGUUGAUGGCAUCUAACAGAGUAAUUGAUUUUGUAGAAAACGAUUAGAGGGAUUAUUUCUUGUUUUUACUUAUAAUAAUAUGACAUAACUAUAGAUAACAAGAAAACCAAUAUGGAUAUGUGGAAAUAUGGAUGGUGACUUGGAUAAAUAUUCCUUUCUGUUCGUCUCUAUUAUUUGGAGGAUAUAAGAACGAAGCCUUCAAGGUAUUUGCACUUAGAUUGUACUGUUGGUAGGAUGUAGAAGGUUAACCUCAAAAUUUUAUUCAAUUCUAUUAGUAUUAGCUUCGAUUUUGACUGAACUCACACUAUAUAACUUAACUAGUUUUAUCUUCAGAAUACUUUGAGUACAUAGUUAAUAUCUCUUCCAACUUGAAUAUUAAACAUUCCACGUUUACUACCUUCUCUCUUAUUUUUCUAUCUCUUGAUUAUCCUUUUCCAACUUUCAAAAUCUAUCUUCAUUUGCAUUAUUUCGAAAUUAUUAAACUUCUUGUAGAAGAAAUUACUUUGAUCCAGGUACGAAUUUUUUUGGUUCAAGUUGAUAAUUUAUGAUUAGCGUAUUUUUGUAACAUGUUUUGAUAUGUGCGUUAUUUGGAAAUGAACGAGCCAUUGAUUUCCAUUUUAAUUAUAGAUAUCGUGUUUAAAUAGCUACAGACAUUUUUAAGGAAGCCCCGCACUAUCAAGCGGCUUGAUUAAAUGCUUAAGGCUCCGAUUGAAGGGCGCUUCAAACGAACUUCAAUCAACACUUUAAACUUUUGAUCAAAACUCUCAGUCGAAGCUGAGAAGUGGAGGAGAGUAUAAUGGUGUCAAAAGUAGAUGUGGGUUUCCUGACCUUAAUAUUGGUUACUGUGAAGAGGAGAAAUCACAAAAAUAAAAAAAGACGGUAGUUUUUAUCAAUCACCGUCAAUGCUUGCUUCAAGCUUCAAACGGGUUUCUAAACUAUGAAUCACGCUUGAUACAAUCCAUUUGCUCAAGCAUUUGAUCAAGCCACUUGGUAGUCUAGGGCCUACUUUAUAGUUUCAACCGAUUGUUUGCUUCCAUAGAAAUAUUCAGAAAGUGAUUUAUUUUGUCACAAUGACUACACACUUUUUUUUUCAAUGAAUUAGUCUUUCCUCUAAAGGAACUAACGCGACGAUAUGAGAGUAUGUAUGAAUGUGGAUAUUGGGGUGGUGUAAUAUAUACUCCUUUUUUGUUACGAUACUGGGGAACAGCAGAUCUGUCCCACUCCUUGUAAAAAGUCCAGAAUGUGGGAUAACUGCCGGACAUCUGCGUCCUCUAUUUCAUUUCCCUCCACUCUGGUCUGACUCACAAUCCAGGGUAACUUUAUUUUUCUUGCCUAGCCCGUUUUUUAGGCAAUCCUAAACGUGUUUGAUUUUUAUGAUAUUGGAGCUUCAAGCUCCAAUGACUGCUGGCCUAUCAGACAGGAUGAUAAUCUUCUGUUUGCGAUAGUUUCUGCUUAGAUGAAACUGGGCGAAUUUUUCAAUUGCAUGAAAUUCUGCUGGAAAACACAGUAAGGAACUAAUUUGGGAACUAUAUUUCAUCAUCAUAAAUAGUAUUACUGAAAAUAAUAUAUUAUGUUUUCGACGUUGACAAUGUACGUACUUAUUAGGUUAUAUCACUAAUUCGGCUAGCAAUGUAUCAUUAGAAAAACGUUUGGUUUGUGAAUAUUUGUUAAGUUUAUUUCCAAACAUAGUUUCCACAAUUUCCCGCUGCUAGCAUAUUAAGAUAUAAUCCUUUUUACAUCUGGAUAUUUUCAAUGAUACUUGUAAAAGGCAAGUGCAGCUUCUCGUCUUCAAAUAAAGUCUUUUUUGGAAAAGAUUCACUCUUCAUAUGACUUUAACUUUAAUUCAAAGAAUUUCUCAAAAUGUUCAAUCGAAUGAUAUUUUUGUAAGUCUUUCUCUUUCAAUGGUAUUUUUGAAGAUAUUUUUUUGAUUUUUUUUCCGAAAGAAUUGUAUCUCACUAUUAUAUGAUACUCGUUUACGUUUAAUUUAAAUUCUAACCACAGUUGUGUAUGAAUUUAUUGUAGUUCGACUUACUUAACUCUCUUAUACGAGAUUAUUUCAAAAUAACACAAAAAAUUUGGCAACGCAAGUCGAUUAAAACUGACCGGCCGCACAUUCAAACACACAGCUCUUCCAAACAAAAAGAAACCAUUGUCUAAGCAUCUCAUAGCAACAGAAAGUGGCGAGAACGUCGUUAUUCGACUUAAGUUUUACGAUUUAUCCACAUAUGUGAUGUAACGCUGAGGCAUUGUUCAUAAACUCAUCCAAAGAAUUCGCUAUAUUUUAUUAUUGUAUGUAAAAGAAAGGUAGGGGUCACCAUGGAUAUUUGUAUGAAAAUGUAAGGAUGGAAAACUAAUAUAAUUACUUGCAUAUUUUUUAUAUACGUUACGACUGAAAACGGCCGGUUGCUACACGGAUUGAAAUUGGAAUAAAAUAAUAACGAUAACGUAACCUAACGUAACCCAAGCAAGCCUAGUGAGGUUAAGUUAAGUUAGGCUAGGUUAGGUUGUGUUAGGCAGUGGCUAAUUUCAUUUAAUUUACAUAAUUUGUGCUAUACCGAAUUGUAGCAAAUAUUAAAUGCUAAAAACGCGUUGUGGCUCUUUUAUAUCGGCUACGACGCGAUGUCGUCAUCAACGUCGCGUUGUGGAUGUUAUAGAAGAUCCACAACGCUAUUUGUCUCUUUAAAACGACCGUUGGCAGUUUUCGAACUUCGGGUGUAACAUAUCAUUAUAAAAUUUGCUUGAUCAAGUCAAUAUUAUUCGAUAUGUAGGUUUCCAAACCUACCAUAGAUUUCUUCCAUUAAAUUUUGACACAAUGUUCGAGAAAUAACAAAUUCAUACAAGCGAGAUAAUCAUUACAUUGAAACUUCAUUCAUAAACAAUAAGCUGAGCUUGAAAUUAGAUUAAUUUUCAUGUUUUGCAAUCAUUACUUUCAUAACUGUCAUUAUCUAUGUACGUAAUGGAAUGGAAGGAACUAAAUGCUGUGUGAUUUAUCUUUAAGUUUUUCGAAAAAUAUAUCGAAUGUUGUAUUAUUUAUUUUCAUUAUAUAAUUUGAACAUUACAAGAAACCCAAUACUAUAUUUCACACAAUUUCGUUAAAUAAUUGAUCUUUAUAUUUUCCGAUGUAUAAAGAGAAAUAUUGAAUGGAAUAAAAGAAUAUUAUGCGCAAACAGAAGUAAAAAAAGUUGAAAUUCAUCAAAUAGAAAGUAUGCACAUUUUUUGUAAUUUCUUUCCAAUAAAAUACCAAAAUAUUAUUGGGUUUCCUUAUAAAUAAUAAUUGUUUGAAAUUGGUCGUUUUUAACUUAUCAAUAAAUCAAGGAUCGCAUAAAAUUGCGUUCCCUCUCAAUCGUAUUUAAUGCGAAUAAUUGAUUGUUAAGCAUAACAACCAGAUUUGCCAAUUUUUCAAAAAUAAUUGAAUUUUGUUGUACUACAUGAUGUGAUAUAAAUUACUUUUUCUUUUAUAUUUUUAGGUGUGAGAUAUCUCCCCCCUGUCUUCUGUCUUGCUAUUUUCUUCAAUUUCUUUUCCUCUAACCAGUUGUUUCUUUUUUCAAGACCAAUUUUUUUUCUUACAGAUCUAUCUAUUAUUCUAGACGUUCAUUUCCAUUGCAUAAAUUUUUAUCUCAUAUUGCCUGUGAUGGUACUGUUAUCCCAUCAUAUCCUCAAGAUAAGACUACUUACCAAAGUUAAAUUAUAAGGCAAGAAAGCUGUUACGAACUAGGGAGAAAUGAGGACACGUUAUAUGUUAUAACUCACAGUUUACUGAACUUUAUAACUUUCUUUAAUAUUGAAUACAUUUAUUGAUAUGUUAAGUCACGACAUAAUAUCAUUUAACCACGUUAUUUCUGUUAUCCAUUGUGGGAUUAGAAGGAACUUAGCAUAUUGUAUUGACAAUAGAUCCUUAGAUCGUAGAUAUUGUACAUUACUAAAAUAAAUUUCUCCUUUUUACAACAAAUAGUGCACAAAAUUAGAAUGUUCCCAUUUCCAAAUUAGUUUUAUUCAAAAUCAGAUUUAUCUAUAUUCAUAAAUUCAAUUCAAAUAUACGUUUACAGUAUUUACUUGUUAUAUAUAGAAAGUUAUUAAUUUGGAUUAAACGUGAAUAAAUAGUAAGGAGAUAACUCAUGACAUAUUGUGUUAAUUGUAUUAAAAUUUCUAUAAAUAUCAUGUGUAGGUUCUACAUGAAAAAAAUACUUUUUCAGAUUAAUAAUAAUUGUAAGUAUUUACAAUCAAGCUCUAGAUAAAAAGUUAAAGUCACCCUAUUAUUAAAUUUGGAAAAAAAGUAUAUUCUCAUGAAUGUAUACAAGGAUGAUUUAAAAAGAAAUACAUGGACAUGGAAUUAAAAAAAUGUACAACAGCUCCGUUAUUGUGGAGUGACAGUUUGUUAAUCAUAAUGUUUUGGCGUCCACUCUUCAGCAUGAAUGUUAGUUCGAUCAUUUUCAAACCGAAGCUACUAUUUUCGGGAGUAGAUGUUAUUAUUUUUCUACUUUUCAUCCACUUAGCGAUAUUUUUGCAGGUUUAUCAACCACACAGUGUCACAGAGCGCAGCUCAUAACUGGACUCAUUUCAAAUUAAAAUAUGAAGAAAAAGGCUUGAAAAUGUUUCUUUUGUGAUUACAGCCAACUGAAGUGCUAUGCUAGCAGAGCCAAAAUACGUGAUCUUCCAGCGAUAAGCAUCCAAAGAAUGCCCAGAGUAAUGUUUGAUAAUAAUUGGUUUGAAGAAACAUGUAACAAAUGUUUUUUCAUUGCUGUCACUUUGUGAUUAUUGUAGUCGUCAUAAUUAUGACACUAUUAGUUGACUAUGAAAAUAUUGGAUUCAAACAAUGGAGAAAAAAACGGAAAUUAUGACGAUGUAUGUAUUUCUAGUUUUAAACCUAAAAAACGGCAAAUCGAAAAUUAUGACCGAAUACGCUUAUAAUUUAGGAUUUAUUGGAAGUUUUGUUAUAAACAAACCCUUGUGGCUAUCUUAUUUACAAGUUUAUUUGCAGAAUAUUAAUAUUGAUAUAAAACAAUCAUAAAGUUUGUACCGCGAGUCCUAAUUUCUAGAAGUUUCGUUUGGAUUCUCAAAAAUGGUGAAAACGGUUAAAUUGUACCAAAGCUACGUAUCUAUAGGAGCAACUAUUAUCAAAUGGAAUAUUCAAACUAUCAGUUAUGCUCUAUGGUAUUAAAAACAAAAGAAAAAAUAUGUUUCCAUCCAAUAACACAUUUUGCGAGGAUUUUCUGAUUUCAAAAAUAAAUAUGACAACACCAAACAGCGGCUACACAUACCUGAUAUGCUUACAAACAUAUAAAUCUGUGAGGGGUUAUGUAUGAAUAUUGCUAUGUCGAAUAAAUUCACAGAAGUGCAAUUAGGAUCCAUUUCACCAAAACUUCUGUGCCACAUUAUCUGAGAGAUAGAAUGCAGAAUAUGUCCAAAAUUCAAGAAAUGGAAAUAAGUGGUUGUGAACAUUAUAGAUGAAUAUCACUGGAUUUGGUGUAUGAAGUUUUGGCUAGAGUUUUGAAAAACAGAGUGAAAUAGUACCAAGAGAAAUAGUUAUUGUAGUACACUUCAUUAAGACCAUAACUGGAAGAGUAGACAACACCAAUGACUUAACAACGGCUGCGGUUUAUGAUUUGCAAGAUAUCGAUUAAUGAAUGGACUAUAAGAAAAUGGACAGAGAGAAAAAGAAUAUAAAAGCGCUUAAGGACCCAAUGCGAAAUCUAUUGUUUUUAUGGGUACUGUUCAUUAACCAUGAUGAGAAAUUCUAAUGGUCAUGAAUUCUAAGCAAGGCAAAAACUUUCAUUUUGUAGUAUGUAUAUGGAUUAAAAAUGACAUUAUUUGGAUUAAUAGCUUAUUGCUUGAUUGUAGCAUAUUCGCAUAAUAUAAAAAUAUACAAGUAAAUAUAUUAUUGAUUAUCAUCAAUCAAUCAAUCAAUUAAUAAAAGUAUUAAAUUACGUCGCCGGCUGUGCUAUUGCAAUCAACAUUGAUUGCAGAGAAAUUUCAUCAAAGCUAUAUUUAAUUAUCAUUUUCAUCAACUUCACAGGGGUGAACCAAAUUGAUUUCUGCAUUAAAGAAAUUAUAACAAAUAUGUAUAGAUUCUCUAAAAAUAAAAUAAAAUCUUUUCCUGGAAUCUCCUUACUAGCUUCCAGUACUUCGUAGGCACACCCGAACCAAAAUAUGUAGUUUGUUAAUUUUUUACCAAAUAAUAUGAUCUAAUAUAAUAGUGUAAAUAUAUUUUAUUAGAUUAUUUUAUUCUUAGACACUUUUCAUAAUAGAUAAUUUCUUCCUGUUGUAAUACUAUACAGCUAUUUCUGCAUAGAAAAUGAUUUGAUGAUUGUAUAGAGAAAAUUAUUACAUCAUUUCCAAUUAUGAUUUUUUUAAUUUUUCAAUUCAAUUUCGAUGGAUGAUUUUAUUAGUAAUAACCACUUGCCAUGAGAAAAUGCAUUGUAUAAAUUGUGUUAUGUGCAUGUAAUAAUUUUUUUUUCAUCGACUUAUGUCAGGUUUCAUGUGGUUCUACAGACCAACUUAACCAUUUGGGUGUCGCAACUUUUUAUUAAAUAAAAACUUCAUAAAAUAAUUACUCAAGAGAAAUUUAUGGUGGGCUAUUAUUACAUCUACUGUUGUCCAUUCAAAAAAACACAAUUUGAUUGCGACAAGAGAAUUUAGUUUUCUUUAUUAAAUAAAUAUGGUGGCUACUCUUCAAUCGUGUAUGCUCCACUGUAUUAUUAUAUUCAAUUUAUUGCAGUACUAUCACUUCUUUGUAUUUUCUCAAAUUAUAUUGAUCUAUCGAAUAUUUUAGAAUGGAGUGACCUUAUUAUGCAUAAUUUGUACAAAGGAAUCUGUAUAUCUGACCUCGCUUUUUGAAACUAUCAGUAUUAAUUUAAAAAUAAAUUUAUUGAGCAGUUUAUUAAAUACUUUUUCACUAUGAUCUAAUUUAUUCAAUUACAUGUACAGUUUGUCCACGUAAGUUGGUGGCAUAUAGGAAACUUUUUUAUUAUUAAUUUUACGAAAAAAAGUUAUUCUUUAUAAAAAGUUCUUCAUGGUCCAAAACUUGAAAUUCAAUCAUCAGAUGUUAAAUUUUUUCAGUCUUAUAUGAGGUUUGUCAAAAAAUGUGAUUUUUGCUCUAGAGUAAAGUACCUUUCUUUUCGAUAAUAUCGAAAAUUGUUAUAAUGAAAAGAUGUUUAGAAUUAAAAAUAGCUUUCAAAUAUUCAACAGUGUUUAUUUACAUUAAGAAAAUAUUUUUUUCUACAUUUACUCUACGAUUACGUUGAAAAUUUAAGUUUGCACAUUAAUGCAUAAUUAAUCUAGGAUGCACUGGCAUUUUUUGAAACUGAUAAUUGGAGUAGGCUUUGCGAACUCUCUAAAUAUCGAACAUUCGAAAAAACGACAACAAUCGUAUUUCAAAAAGUGCCACGGUAUUUAAAUACUUUUUUUAGGCAGUCUAACAGUGCUUUUCAUAGUUUUUAGAGAUCCGUAUUGUACAGUUUCAUGUUUGACAGACGUAUUUAUUUAUGAAAAGAUAGACGUGCCACCAACAUUAAGUCUGGAAGAGAAAAUUGAGAUUGUGCUAAUAGUGAGUGAUAAGUAUAAAACAUUUCGAGAAGCAGCAAACAUUUUUAAUUUCCGAUAUCCAGAUAAAAAUAUUCACAAUUCCACAAUUUUUGAUUCAAAACAUCUUUUCUUUAUAACAAUUUUCGAUAUUGUCAAAAAGAAAGGUACUUUACUCUAGAGCAAAAUCACAUUUUUUGACAAACCUCGUAUAAGACUGAAAACUUUUUCUCGUAAAAUUAAUAAUAAAAAAAUUUCCUAUAUGCUGUCAACUUACGUGAACACACUGUAUAUAUGACUAGAACGUGGAACUUCCACAAAAUUAAUAUCCGGAAUUCAUUUAUAUUUCAUGAGAACAUUUUGUAGUCAAUAGAAUAUAAAUUUCAAUUGUCUUGAAGUUUUCUAUUUUUGAGCCUAGAAUGAUAUCUAAUUGGAUGAAAAGCAGAAAAGAGAGAAACCUUUAUUAACUUAACUUCCGGACUUACUUUUACAGCCAAGAGAAGAGUGCUGUAUCUGUAGUGUCGGCAGCAGUGAUACGGUUUCGCACGUUUCAGAUUUUUUGAUAAACACGGGAUUUAAGCCAAUUCUCUACAAUAGUGAAAUGGGUUGAAACCAGAAGAUUUCAUAUUGUUGUGUUGAGAAGAAAAAUCAUUCAAAAAACCUCGUACUGCGAGUUACCAAUGAAGCGCUAUUCCAGUCUGAAGGUUUCAUACAAAGAAAAAUAUCCAUAAUUUUUUCAACAGAAUAGGAUACACAAGACUUUUAUCUUCGUUAAUUAAGGUAGAAAGUUGCCUAGUCGUUAAAAAUUAUACGCCUCAUACGAGACGCUUAGAACUGUUCAUAGAGUUGAUUGGGGUAUUUCAAGUUCUCCAGUAGUUAUAUUGGUACAGUGAGACUCAAAUUUUCUUCAUCACGUCUGACAUAAUCGUCAGACACACACACAUACUAGUAGCCAGUUGAAAUUGUUAAGACAGGCAUGUCGAAAACCUUGUAGAUACUCAAUGAUGAUCAACUCACUCACAAAUGACAAUGAAAUGUCGGGCUAAUACCGCACGGAAGAAAAAUCUUUACAACCGUAGUAAUGCUGCUGUGCUCUCCAUAACAAUAGUAACUUUCCCAUAUAUGGGACGACUCAAGCAAAGUCGAAGGUAUUUGUCGUGCAUUGAAACUCUCUUUCCGUUGCUACAAAAGGUGAUAAAUUUGGAGUACGUAUAUAAACAUUGAAUGUUAAAAAUUAGUCUAUUGUUUUUAAUAAUGUCUUAUAUUCAUAGAUAGCUUGAAUAUUAGUUUGAAGAAAAAUAUUCCAAUAGUUGUCAAAUGAGUAACUUGGCUCUAUAUAAUGGAUAGCAUGAUAGAUACUUAUCAAUGUUGAAAACAACAAAUGCUGUAAUAAUAUUGGAAAUUACACUGUUCCUUACAAAAAUUUUCUUUGCCUUUAAUAUUAAUUUUCCUCGCUGAAAUACGUGUUCUAUAAAUGUAUGUAUUGAACUUAUAUAAAUAGAAAAUAACGUCCUGGUUCUGUAUGAACGUUUAUUGUAUAUAAAAUCAGAAAUAGCUGUAAUAGACUUUUCCUAUAUUUCAGUAUAAUUGUAUAUAUCUAUAAAUAAAAUGUUAACAUGUUGUGUAAAGAUAUGUAAACAGAAUAUAGAAAGUGUUAUGGCCCUUCGUAACUUAUAAUUAUAAUCUAAAUCAACAUCUUUCGGGCCCAAAAACUAUUAGUUCACAAUUUUUUCAGCAAGUUUGAAAUGAUAAUAUUCAACUAGUCAACGGUGAGAUAUGAUGUAGUAAAACGAAUGCACAAUACUCAGAUGCUUCAUGGGCAAAAUAUAUAAUUCUUGAAGAACAUAGCCAAAAUUUUACUUUAUCCUUUAAAAUUUCAAAGUAGUUUUUGAAAAAGAUUUUCUCAAUUAUAUGGAAAAACAUUCAAAAAUUAUUUAAUGAAAACGUUGAUUUAGUCCAUGAGGCAGGAAAUCAGAUUUUAGAACAGCACAUGCUUCUUGAGUGGCAAUAUAACGAUGAGGUAACUGUAAAAUAAAUUUAUAGAUGAUGUGAGAUGUAUUUGUUCAUAAUUUAGGAAUUAGUUUUAGAUAAGAAGUUGUACUCAACCGCGAAGCUCAUUAUUUUCAUUAUAAAUAUCGAUAUAGUAUCAUCAAAAAAGAAACGUGCGUUUUAUAAUUCAAAGACGAAUUGAAGAGUUUCCAAUUAUUUCAGUAGAAAAUGAAUUUUAAUUUUAAUAUAGGUAAUAGAUACACAGCAAGGAAUAUAUUAUGAAAAAAUAGUUCAGGUUAGAAAUUCUUCUGUAUACAAUAUAGAUUUAAUGAAAUACAGAAAGAAUUUUCUUAAAGGGGAAAAACAAGCUAGAGAAACGUAAAAAUACAAAAAAAAAAUGAAAAUACAAAAUUAUGAUACUAAUUCGAUGUAUCUAUCCAUCCAAACGCUGAAUAGAAUAAUUUCUACACGUGGAAUUCAAUAUAGUUUAUUCAAUUUCCUUUUUUCCUCUUAGGAGAGAGAUUGUCGAAGUUGGUGGAGAUAUUGCCGUUGUUGAUAACAUAGCUGUUGGUUUAGUUUUUGUUAUCCCAACCAAGAAGCUGUAGAGGUACAGAAAAAAAUAGCAAACGGGAAGAUUAAUGAGACGACUAGAGGAAAAAUGAAUGACCAAAACUGAUCUCGGUAAAAUUGAGCUUACGAUCUAACACAUAUAAAAAUUGAAUUUAUAUUUUUAUAAUUUUACAAGACAGAAGUUCCACUAUAUUCGUUUUAUUCCUAAGUGAAUGGAAAAUAUGAGCUUCCGUGUAGAAGUAUUUACUUUAAAUAUCACCAAAACAUAUGAUUAUAAGAAAUCAAUUUGUGAAGACUGGACAACACUGCAACUGAAUAAUUAUAUGACAUAAGUAUUUGACGACAAACUAAAGACGCCAAUUCAAUUGUUACAAUAGUACCAUCCUGUAUCAAAAAAGGAAAUUUCAACAUCUUUUUCAAUAAGCCAUCCCAGUUUUAAUGCCUACCUACGUGAUCAGCUUAUGGCCAUAUCAUCAUGAGUAUUACACUGACUAUGAGGGAUAGACAAAUAAGCGUAUUUAUUUUGGCACUUUUUGCACAUUAUGUGACCACGGGUCCCUUCUCCACAAUGUUAUUCAUUCUAGCUCACCUUCCAAUUUGAUUACCAUGAAAAAAUUUUUGAUGAAAACUACCAAUGUCUAUAUUCCAACAGGUAAACUGAAAAAAGUUAUAAGACAAUUGAAAGAAGAGAGAUAGUAAUCAGGAAUACUCAGAAGAAGUAUUCUGAGUAUCGUCGUCUCUACUUUAUAUCAACAAGAGGUUAAUUAUAUUAUGUCUGAUUUUCUAUUGGAUGUACCUUGGAUUAGAAAUAUAGAAAAAGAAGUGGAACAAUUAGGAAUAGAAACCUGAGUAGCCGAAGGAAUCAAAAGAGCAAUGAUGGAAUUAUUGUACGAGUUAAAGAAAACUAAAAUGAGAAUAUAUAAAUCGGUACUAAGACCUAACUUGCUUGCGAGGUAUAAAUAUCAAGAAAAACUGAUCAAGACAUCUUAAACAGAUGCAAAAGAGGAAUGAAAUCAGUAGAAAGAACCAAAUAAAAAGUGGAGUUCAUAAAGAAUGAAAGGAGCUCUAUAAAGAACGGAAAAUUGGUAUAUUUAUUGGAAGGCUCAUAAUUAAAUGAAUAAAACAUAUUGAAAGAUCAUAUAAAGUUCGAAUGCCUAGAAGAGAACUAUAAAAUUUGGCUAGGUUAGGUCCGCAAUUCGUCAGUCUCCGAAAUCAAUUUCAGUUUUUAGGAAUUUCAAUCAUCGGAUGGUAUAAAAAGUGUUUGAUAUUAUUUCCAUUCACUACCCCAUAACAUAAUAUCAACUAACCUCUACCAAUAUUUUCAAGACUCUCCAUAUUUUAUUUUCAUAAAUACAUUUAUGGUAUCUGAUGAAAUUAUUUAUGUUGGAAAUGACGUGUCAGCAGUGGCAGACAAAACAAGAAAUCAAGUAUAACGUACAAUAAUAAUCCUCCACGGCCAGUUUGGGUUAUAUUAUCCAUAGCAGUUCCAGAAUAAUGUUAAUCUUGAAGUAAAGAGUCUGUAUAAUUAUCGAAGCUUAGAUGAUAACUCACAAAUAGCGGGAGUACCGAGGAAAACAUUGAAUAACUCAAUUAGAAAUGACUGAAAAAUCGAAGAAAUAGUUGUAGGGACGGGGGAGAAAAGAACUUUCUUAAUGAUAUGGAAAACUUAACAAAUGAAGGGGAGAUUAUAAUAACAAUGAAAUUGUAGUCUAAAUCGUUGAGAACAUAAUAAUGUUAUUUAAUCUUUCAAUAUGAAUUUAUAUAGAGUUUUAAAUAAAAAAUAUUCAUAGUGAAACUACAAUUAAAAAUAAGACGAUAUUUAUAUAGAAAAUUCUGGAUAAAGUAGGUUUGGUAGAGCCUCUUAAAAACAAAGACUUAUAUAAUAAUUAUUGGCUUUUAAUAUAAAUAGGUAUUAUACAUAAAUAUAUGAACAGGUUGUUUCUAAAUUCUUCCUAUAAUGUUCAGAAGGUAGUUGCCAGUAUCAAAUUAUGAUGGGUCUUUUCUAAAGCAAAUUUUUCUCUACCCUCUUUGGAUAUACUAUCCCUAUAAGGUGGUGAAUGGAAAAUUUGUUAAUUCCAUACCCCGGCCGGUAGUUUUUCAAUAUUUCUGUUACAUUAUAAUGGGGUGAGAUUCGUAAAGCCACACCUUAUUUCCUAUGAAACCUAAAUUUGAGGUUUAUUUUAUUGAAGAAUAACAUGCUGUGUCUGUUUAUUUAGAAACAUAGUAUUGAAGGAAAACAAAGUCAGAAAAUAGCCGGAAGUGUAAAAAGUAUUGUGAUAUGCUAACAGCUUGCACACACAUUUCUUAUUAAGUUGCAUUUUUUGAUUAUACUUUGAAUACCGAUACGAAAAGAAACUGUUUUUAUAGAAAAAAUUAUUAAAUUCCCAUGAAAAUGAUCCUGCCCUUCUGCUUACAAUUAGUCAUUCAAAAAAAAGCUCAAAGUACGUUUGGUUUUUCAAGACCGUUUAUUUUUGGGAAAGCUACCGCAGAAAUGGUUUUUUAUUGAUUCUGCCAAGUAGAGAGAAAAUUCACUUCAAUAUGUCCAGUUAAUAUUUUAAGAUAUUCUCUAUCUAUAGUAUAUUCUAUGGAGUAGAAAGGAAACUUUUGGAAAAUUUUAAGACAACGUCUCGGAUAAUUAAAAUUUUAAUUUCGCAAUAAAAAUGUGAUUUUAGAAAAAAAUUAGUUCUAGUCAAGAAAAUAGGAAUUCGUAAAACGCGGCUUGAUAAUAAAUGAAGAGAAUAAUGUGGGAAUUACUAAUUUAACCCCAGCAUUCUGUAACAGAAAUGUUGUAAAAAAAAAUAUUGGUCGUUAGUAUAUUGUUAUUUCAGGGAAUUAAAAAUUUACAAGUUUCUAUAUUUACUUGAAGUGGAAUCUCCUAGGAGACAAAUAAUCCAUUCUUUUUUUAUAAGGACAAUCACCUCCCGAAUUUUGUUUCAGGAAAUUAAAUACACUCUGUAUAUAUACCACUUUAAUACUUAUUGAGUUAUUUUUAAAUGUAAUGAGAAGAACAAUAAGAAAUUUAUUCCUUAUUAUUAAUAUAUUGUGAGAAAUAAAAAAUGUGACUAAAUUAAAAAAAGCUCUUGUUACCCAUGUAGACACAAUAAAUCAUAUCACUUUCCUGUUGACAUUA